AUGGCCACUCAAAGAAAACAAGACGAUAUCAAGAGACUUUUGGCUUCCAACUGCCACUAAGCUACCAUUAACCUCAACAACCAAAUGAAGAGAUACAUCUCUCACAAGGGCGUCAACGGUAUUCAUUACAUCAAUAUUGAAGAAACCUGGUAAAAGAUCAAGCUCGCUGCUAGAGUUAUUGCCGCCGUUCAACACCCCGAAGAUGUUAUGGUUGUUUGCUCUAGAAUUUACGGUCAAAGAGCUGCCAUCAAGUUCGCUGGUUACACUCACUGCAAGUCUACCUCUUCUUCCAGAUGGACUCCUGGUACCUUGACCAAUUACUAGACCUUAAAAUACGAAGAACCCAGAGUUCUCAUCGUCACUGAUCCCAGAUCUGACUUCUAAGCCAUUAAGGAAGCUUCUUAUGUCAACAUUCCCGUUAUUGCUUUGUGCGACUCUGACUCUCCUCUCGCCUACGUCGAUGUUGUCAUUCCUUGCAACAACAGAUCCACCGAAUCUAUCUCCAUGAUCUACUGGAUGAUCGCCAGAGAAGUUAAAAUCCUCAGAGGUGAACUCUCUAAGGACGAAGAAUGGGAAGUUAUGGUUGAUCUCUUCUACCACAAGACCCUCCCCACUGCUGAACAAAAGGAAGCUGAAGAAGAAGAAGGUGCUGAAGGUGCUGAAGAAAAGGUCGCUGAAGUUAAGGAAGGUGAAGCUGAACAAAAUACUGAUAACAAAAACUGGUGA